AUGAAGAAAAUCGAUAGGUUUUUCUUCUUCUUCUUUCAUACUUCUUCAUCUUUUUUCUUCAACAUCCCCCUCUCUCCUUCUCUCUCUCUCUCUCUCUCUCUUACUCGCCUCCUCAACAAUUCUUUUCUUUAUUUUGCUCCAGCUCUUUUCGCUUUGCAUUUUUUAUUCUAUCAUAAUUUCAUUUAUCUUCUGUCUUCCUCCUCCUUUUCACAAUUUUGUUUUCAUAUCGGUCAUCUGCUAUAUUUCCCUCUUAUUCUUAAUAUUUCAAAUUCUCUUCUUCUUCGUUCAUAUUCCACAUUUCUCCUUUCAAAUUCUAUUCUUAUCCUUCGAUAUUUUUCAUUUUUUCUUCUACUCUUCUUCGUUCGAAUUCCACAUUUGUUUUUCUUUCAAAUUCUAUUCUUCUUUCUUAUUGUCAACUUAUUCUCAUUCUCUUCUUCUUCCGUCAUAUGUUUCAUUUAUUCUUAUUCUAUUAUUCAACCAUAUUCUAUACUUCCUUCAUAUUCUCCAUUUAUUCUUAUUCUAUUAUUCCACCAUAUUCUAUACUUCCUUCAUAUUCUCCAUUUAUUCUUAUUCUAUUAUUCAACCAUAUUCUAUACUUCCUUAAUUCUCCAUUUAUUCUUAUUCUUUAUUUUAUACUACCUUCAUAUUCUCCAUUUAUUCUUAUUCUAUUAUUCAACCAUAUUCUAUACUUCCUUCAUAUUCUCCAUUAUUCUUAUUCUAUUAUUCAACCAUAUUCUAUUCUUCCCUCAUAUUCUUCAUAUUCAUUUAUUCUUAUUCUAUUAUUCAACCAUAUUCUAUAAUUCCUUCAUAUUCUCCAUUUAUUCUUAUUCAUUAUUCAACCAUAUUCUAUACUUUCUCCAUUCAUUCUUAUUCUAUUAUUCAACCAUAUUCUAUACUUCCUUCAUAUUCUCCAUUUAUUCUUAUUCUAUUAUUCAACCAUAUUCUAUACUUCCUUCAUAUUCUCCAUUUAUUCUUAUUCUAUUAUUCAACCAUAUUCUAUACUUCCUUCAUAUUCUCCAUUUAUUCUUAUUCUAUUAUUCAACCAUAUUCUAUUCUUCCUUGAUAGUCUCCAUUUAUUCUUAUUCUAUUAUUUUAACCAUAUUCUAUACUUCCUUCAUAUUCUCCAUUUAUUCUUAUUCUAUUAUUCAACCAUAUUCUAUACUUCCUUCAUAUUCUCCAUUUAUUCUUAUUCUAUUAUUCUAUUAUUCAACCAUAUUCUAUACUUCCUUCAUAUUCUCCAUUUAUUCUUAUUCUAUUAUUCAACCAUAUUCUAUAAUUCCUUCAUAUUCUCCAUUUAUUCUUAUUCUAUUAUUCAACCAUAUUCUAUUUUCCUUCAUAUUCUCCAUUCAUUCUUAUUCUAUUAUUCAACCAUAUUCUAUAAUUUAUUCAUAUUUCCAUUUAUUCUUAUUCUAUUAUUCAAACCAUAUUCUAUACUUCCUUCAUUUCUCCAUUUAUUCUUUUCUAUUAUUCUUUUAUUCUUAUUCUAUUAUUCAACCAUAUUCUAUUCUUCCUUGA